CUAUCGCCACCAACCUUUCAACAUGGAAUCUACGAACCCUAUAAACUGCAGGACAACUUCCAUUCACACAAUACAGACAAUGUUUUUUCAAAAAAAAUUAAUUUUUCCUUGCACGAGUAACAUGUUCUGCAAUCUGCAUUCAAUAUAUUAACUCCGUUUACCUUAGUUGAGUUGUAGUUCUAAUAACGUUCUAUAUAUAGAUACAUGCCUGGAGGCUUGCCUUUUGCUUGAGUGUGUGAACUGUGAAACUGUGAAUAAUGGAAGAAGUAAUGAAGCAAUGGAGCGAGAAAGAAGAAGAAGAAGAAGUAGCAGAGGUUGAGGUUGAAGAAGAGGGCUUAGUUAGACGCCAAGUUCACACGCAGGUCACCACCAUUGUUACUACUUCAAGUAUUGAUGUUCAAGGGCAAGAAAUCUCUGAAACAUAUGAUGUUUCCAGUGACAUUGAGAAGAGCAUUACUUCACUUUCCUCUGAUCCUAUCAUUGCUGGGGAUUCAACUUCUCCCCAAAUUUUCACAAUUCAAAGUGAAAAAAGGCAAGAGAUCUUUGAAACAAAGGACUAUUUCAGUGACAUUGAGAAAAAGAACAUUGCUUCACCACCCUCUGAUCCUUUCAUUCCUGGGGAUUCAACUUCUCCCAAAAAUGUGACAAUUGAAAGUGAAAAAAGGCAAGAGAUCUCUGAAACAAAGGUUUAUUUAAGUGACAUUGAGAAGAAGAACGUUGCUUCGCCUUCCUCUGAUCCUAUUAUUCCUAUGUAUUCAACUUCUCCCAAAUAUGCCAACAUUGAAAGUGAAAGAAUUGGCAUAAUAACAGAGAAUGUGCAAUUAGUGAAAGAACUAUAUCUGGAAAGUCUUUAUCAGAAGCCACCCACACAAGGAUUCUAUUGUCCCAAUUGUAGGGCUUGUAUCCAGAAAGUUUUGAUUUUGGAUACAGUGAGGGAAGAACCUGGUGUUCCCGCACAACCUCUUCCACCAUUGGAUAGAUUCAGAUGCUCAACUUGCUUCAGUUUCCUCAUCCCAAUGAGUAGUUGGCUUUUUCCUGGGUUGGCAUGUGACGGAGAAGAUGUACCAGAAACAACGGUUCCAGCCCCUGAUCAAGUUCCUCCUGAUUCAGGAAGUCAAACGCUGCAACCUGAACCAAUAAUUUCUGAUGGCGCAAGUAAAACUCAAGAAGAUGAACAAGUCCCAGAUGGAUCCAGCACCCAACCUUCACGUUGGGGAGUUUUGGCUAGUGCUUCAGCAAUUGCUAUGCAGAAAAGACCUCAAGUUGAUAUUUCAAAAAUUCCAGAACAACAGCGACCACUUGAAGAGGUGGUAGAUGAGGGAGUAAGCAUAGAUUCAUCAUAUCAAGCUAUUGAAAUCCCAGAAGAUGAGCCAGGCCCAGAUGGAUCUGGAGCCAAACCUUCACGUUGGAGGCUUUUAGCUAGUGCUUCAGCGUUUGCUAUACCAAAAAAACCUCAAGCAGAUAUUUCAAAAAUUCCAGAACAGAAACCAGUUGAAGAGGUUGUACGUGAUGGAGUAAGCACAGAGCCUCUGGCAAUCACAACACCCGCUCCUACAACUACAGCAGGUGAAGUUCAAGAACCAGGAAGCAGUAAGACAUGGGAUAUUCUGAAAAGUAUUGUGUAUGGUGGUCUGGUUGAAUCUAUUGCAAGCCUUAGUAUUGUGGCAUCUUCAGCAAGUGCAGAUGCUGCCACAUUGAGCAUUAUAGCUUUGUCUCUUGCAAACCUGAUUGGAGGACUUUUCAUCCUUGUUCAUCAUAUCUGGGACCUGAAGCCGAGGAACCAAGUACAAAUGAAGUUGUGGAUCGAUACUAUCUUUCCCUGGGGAAGAGGGAAAAUUUCUAUCUUCAUCUCGUAUGGCUUGACCUUCUACGAGGUCAACAACAAGAAUGUGGCGCUUGCAGCGGUUGCCGGAGCGGCUGUAAUAUGCAUCACUCUUCUGGCCAUCACAAAAACAUACAUCCAGAGGCCAAAUACUUACAUACCAUAUCUCAAAACAGUGCUUUACUAUCUCAGCACUGGAGCUUUGACCUCUGUAAUUUCUUACUUGGCUGGUGUUCUUAUUAGGGAACUUUUGGAGAAGCUUGGAAUUGGCUCUGAGAGCUCAUCAGGUUUACCCUGA